AUGGGUGCAGAAGACUACGGGGACUUCGAGGACUUCCUGAAACUCCGGGGCUUUCAGAACGAGGGUCAGGAGGCCUCUUUGACCUGCCGGGAGCGCACCACGGAUCCCGAGAUCCGGUGCUCCGAGUGCGUGCGCCUGCUGAAAGGCGGCUUCUACGGCCACCUCGGGGUCUCGGUGCCCGCGUACCCGCCCCAAGGGGAGGCGAUGGGGUGCCUGGGGCUGUCAAAGGUCAUCGACAUGCCCGCGCCUGCCACGGAGGAGGAUGACAGCGGGGACUGGGACGGCGCGGAGGGUAGGCAGACGGCCUUCUGCAACAGCGUGAACGUGCGCUUCGAGAAGGCCUCGCUCGCCGAGCGCGGCGAAGCCACGCGCUCCUCCGAGCGCAGCUCGCUGCAGCGCCAUCGGAUCCACGAGCUGGUGCAUCUGCUGGACAGCGAGGCAGAGAGUUUGAAGGCCAUGGCGCGGACCCUCCGCAAGGAGUCCGGAGGCAUUGAGGAUCAGAUCUCAGAGGCGGAGGAGUCUGCCGCCAUCACGGCGGCCACUGCGGGCGUGGGAAUGCUGAACUCCGCCCAGUCCGCCGUUGGUGCCACCAGAGAUGCUGGUGCCAGAGAUGCCGGGCAGGCCCUGCGUGGCUCUCCAGAGCAGGUCCGAGCGCAGUCCCUGGAGGAGUUGGGGCGUCAGACAGAGACAUCCUUUGCGCAGCAAGACGCGCGGCCCGGGCGGCGGUCGCAAACCUCCAAGACACUGUCGCCGGAGGAGCAGCGACUGCAAGCGCUGCUGGACAUGCGCAGCUCGGUUCCGCUAACCUCGCUGGCGCAACUUGGGAACUCGCGAGUUCUGCAGCAUCCCACAGGAGAGACGGGCAGCUCAGCUUCCAUCGCCCAGUCCGCACCGCAGCUCGAGUUAAGAGAGGUGAGCAUCCGCAAACAUACCGCCAUGGCGCGGUUCUCGCUGCUCCUUCUCGCCUCCCUCGCCGCCGCCGUUCGUGUGUCCGUCGCGUCCGCGUCCGCUGGACGCCUGGUGUCUGUGGCUGACCUCCAUGGAGACUUUGAGCGUGCAGUGACCAUCCUGGCGCAUGCGGGGUUGAUCGACAAGGAGACGCAGCAGUGGACCGGCGGUGAUGCGACCCUGGUGCAGACGGGCGACAUCACCGACAGAGGCGACAACUGCAAGCAGAUCUAUGAGCUCUUUCUCCGCUUGCGGCAGGAAGCGCAGGAGGCUGGGGGGCGCGUGGUGAAUAUCCUCGGCAACCACGAGGUCAUGAACCUGCAGGGCGACUGGCGCUACGUUUCUCAGGGUGAUCUCCAGCAAUUCGGCGGACCGGAGGAGCGGCGUCAAGCCUUUGCCGCGGACGGGUGGCUGGGCAAGGAGCUGCGAAGCUGGCCCGUGGCUGUGGUGGUCCAAGGGGUGCUCUUCAACCACGCGGGGCUCCUGCCGGACAUGCUGAGCCACCGCAACCUGGAGGACCUGAACGUGGCCUUUCGGACAGCCGUGGACCAUGCCAUGGGCAAGGAGCUGCAGAGGAACGACUAUCCGCUUUUGGGCAGCCAGGGCCCAGUCUGGGCCCGGGACUACGCGCUGGGAAAAGGCCAUCACUGCCGGAUGGCGGAGGAGGUCUUAUCCAAGGUCCAGGCGGAGAGGAUGGUGCUGGGACACACGAUCCAGCAGGACCUGCAUGUGCACCCGCACUGCAACGGGAGGAUCGUCCUGGCGGACACUGCCAUCUCAUCGGCAUACGGAGGUGCCAUGUCCUAUCUCGAGCACAAGGAUGGCGAGGUUAACGUAGUGUAUCCAGGCACCGGGGAGGUCGUGAAGCUCCCUGCUGCAGCCGCCGUCCUCACAGACGACGACGCCAGCUACAGCCCGCGCUCGCCACACCUGUAGUGCAAUCGCAAGGCCCGUGUGGCCUGCUCUGGCUCUGGCAUUCCUGGGCGUCGCUGCUUGGAAGUAUUGCCCUUGCCGCAAGCACAAGACCUGAGCCGCCGCUUGAAGUCAGAUCGAAUCCUUCGGCCGAAGCGUCGUGAUCGGGGUGCUGAGAACAACCGGAAAA